UGGCGCACCGGCGGGAGCGGAGCCGCGGCGCGCGCUCGCCGGCCUGCCAGAGCUAGUGGUCCGGGGAGGCCAGGGGGUCCGCGCCGCGCCGGGCGCCGCCGUCCUGGCCGCCAUGUGCUCCCAGCUCUGGUUCCUGACGGACCGGCGCAUCCGUGAGGACUACCCGCAGGUGCAGAUCCUGCGCGCCCUCCGGCAGCGCUGCUCCGAGCAGGACGUGCGCUUCCGGGCGGUGCUCAUGGACCAGAUCGCCGUCACCAUCGUCGGCGGCCACCUCGGCCUACAGCUGAACCAGAAGGCACUCACCACUUUCCCGGAUGUGGUGCUUGUUCGGGUGUCCACACCCUCAAUACAAUCGGACAGUGACAUCACGGUCCUGCGACACCUGGAGAAGUUGGGCUGUCGCUUAGUCAACCGCCCCCAGAGCAUUUUAAAUUGCAUCAACAAAUUCUGGACAUUCCAAGAGCUGGCUGGACAUGGGGUCCCCAUGCCAGACACCUUCUCCUAUGGUGGGCAUGAAGACUUUUCAAAAAUGAUUGAUGAAGCUGAGCCCCUGGGCUACCCAGUCGUGGUGAAGAGCACACGAGGACACCAGGGAAAAGCUGUUUUUCUUGCAAGAGAUAAACAUCACCUCUCAGACAUCUGCCAUCUGAUCCGCCAUGAUGUGCCCUACCUGUUCCAGAAGUAUGUGAAGGAGUCACAUGGAAAAGAUAUCCGGGUGGUGGUGGUUGGGGGCCAAGUGAUCGGCUCGAUGCUCCGCUGCUCCACCGACGGACGGAUGCAGAGCAACUGCUCCCUUGGUGGUGUGGGCGUCAUGUGCCCGCUGACAGAGCAAGGCAAGCAGCUGGCUAUCCAGGUGUCCAACAUCCUGGGCAUGGACUUCUGUGGCAUUGACCUCCUCAUCAUGGAUGAUGGCUCCUUUGUGGUGUGCGAGGCCAACGCCAACGUCGGUUUCCUCGCCUUCGACCAGGCGUGCAACUUAGACGUGGGUGGGAUCAUUGCAGACUAUGCCAUGUCCUUGCUGCCAAGUCGGCAGCCUGGGAAAAUGGCUGUCCUCCCAGGACUGUCUAGUCCUAGGGAGAAGAAAGAGUCAGAUGGCUGUGCUUCAGCUCAGGGAGUUGCAGAGAGCAUCUAUACCAUCAACAGCGGGUCUACCUCAAGUGAGAGUGAGCCUGAACUGGGAGAAAUACGGGAUUCCUCAGCAAGCACAGCGGGACCCCCACCCCCCACGCUGCCUGAACCCAGCUACAACAUUAACAACAGGAUUGCUUCCGAAUUAAAACUGAAGUGAAUUCCUGCUUUUUUUUUGGCAGCAUUUAAAACAAAUCCUACUGCUUCCCUCGUAGUUUUGAGUGAAUAAAAUCGGGACUAAUGUGAUUUCAUUUGCACAGAAACUAGAAAUCCCAUCUGGGCACUCAGCAUUCUUUCUAAUGAUGAUUUAAGCAAAUGGACUAGCUUUGUGGUUUUUACCAAGACUGAUCUCAAAACACUCACCAAGAACAA